AUGGCUGAUACGAAUAUGAUUUACACAGUCGGCGCCUAUGCCGCCUUGAUUGGCGUUGGCUAUGCCUUCUACUACGUCUCAACGCAAAAGGACAAGAAGAAGAGCACCGUCGCCAUCACCAAGCCCGCCAAGGUCUCACAGCCAGAGACUCGGAAAGAGGAUCGGAAAAAGAAGCAGCGCAUGGAGAGCUAUGUGACAGACCAGGACGUCAACAAGACAUCCAAGGCCGAUUCCCAGAAGGCAAAGGCCCCCGAGGCGCCUCAGUGGACGGGCAACCAACAGGAUGCUGAGAAGCAGGAAAUGAUUGACAACCGGGAAUUUGCCAAGCAACUUGCCAAGGCCAAGGAGGGCGCAAAGUUCAACUCCAAGAACGAGGGCCCCAAGCAGCGAGAGAAGACCGUCAAGCAGUCCAAGGCCAACAAGGCCAAAGCUGCCCCUGCCCCCGAGGUCGUCCCGUCUGCCCCAUCCUCCAACGGCGCUGAUGCCGAUGACGACGAGUCUCCCGUUGUCCUCUCCCCUGCGACUAGCCCGGUGGACGUCAGCGGUGUCAGCGACAUGCUCGAGCCGGCCCCCGCCGGCCCUUCCGUUCUUCGUCUGACUGAUACCGAGUCCAAGAAGGAUAAGAAGCAGAAGGCUGCCAAGAAUCCUGAGCCGGUUGAGACCAAGAAGCAGAGACAGAAUAGGAAGAAGGCUGAGGCCGCCAAAGCUGCCCGUGAGGAGACGGAGAAGGAACGCAAGGUCCUUGAGGAGAAGCAGCGACGAACUGCUCGCAUUGCCGAAGGCCGCGCCGCCAAGGAUGGCUCCGAGUUCAUGGCUGCCGUCAAUGGAAACAAUGCCUGGAAUGGAACCAACGGCACUAAGGACGCCGCUGCAAAGAAGGAGGACGCUUCCGUCUAUGCGCCCCUCGACACCUUUGAGAAGCCUGCUCAGAAGAAGGCUGCUGACAAGACCACUCCUGCUCCUGCCCCCAAGAAGGAGGCUGUCCAGAACCUGGAGAGCUCGUGGAUCUCCGCUCUGCCAUCCGAAGAGGAGCAGAUGGAGAUGCUCAAGGAAGAGUCCGAUGAGUGGAACACGGUGAAGAGCAAGUCUUCCAAGAAGUCCAAGAAGGCACCCUCUGCCGACUCUGGCGAGGAGACCCCUCAAGCUCGCCCGGCCGCUCAGCCCAAGCAACCCGCCGAUACCAACGCCAACAAGUCAACCAGGCCUGUGGCUGCUAAGAACUUUGGAGGAUCGUUCUCUGCAUUGACCAUUAAGGGCGACGAUGUUGAGGAAGAUGCCGAAGAGGAGUGGGAUGUCUAAGCACAAGAAGCACAACGACAAGAACAACCGUGCAUGCGUUGCGUGCUUUGCACAGUCGCCGGGAGCAGCCUGAUUGCUUGUUUCCCGCCUCUGUAUACUAUUACCCGCCGACCUGCUAUAGCUAUCGGUAUUUCCUCUUUGUUAGUUUCUAUGAUUGUCAUUUUUAUGUUGGAUCAGGAGGCAUUCUCCAAAGAGUCUACCGUGGGAGGUAGAGGG